AUGCAGAAGGAGUCUGCAAGUAGGGGGGUUCCGAUGCAGCUUUGGUUCCAGAAGAUGAUGGAAACUCUCGGGUACAGGUUCCUCAUAUCCAAGGGGAACAGGGAUGGCGUUGAUAUCUUGGCUGCACCCAAGGAAUUCUCCAAUGUAACCUGGAACAUCAUCGACAAAUACGACUUGAAGGACAUGUACAACUGUGACCAGACCAGCUCCGAGAUGAAUAUCUCAUUGAAACCCAACGAUUUUACCAAGAAGGUGAGCUUGCACAAGGGAAAAGCAGUUCGACAGCCCCUUUCCGUGAUGUUUUGCGUCUCUGCUGAUGGCAAGCACAAGAUUCCGCUGCACGUCUUCAUGCCCUUUCUCGAGCCCAAUUGGUUCAAGUUCGCUCGAGAUUAUCUGAACCAUGAUGAGGCCCUCCAGAACAUUGAUAUGGAGAAGCUAAUCGAGGGCGGCAAGCCUCCACUCGACGAGCAACUAGAGAACGAAGAGAACAGCACUCAAAAGGAACUGGAUGCUGAAGGGGCCAAAGAGAGGUUCAGAGAGUGGAAAGAGAGGCGCCAGGCUGCUGUGGACUUCUUUGCUUCGGUUCUUGACGCUUUCCACGAGCUUAAGGAGGUCCCUCUCAAUGUCCGAGUCUCUGAAAUUCGCCAGCCGAAUGUCUCACGCGUUUACCUGAACGGUCCCUUGACAGAUGACGAGACAGCGGCUUUCGAAGCCGAGUUUCCUGACCAAACGAAGGAGAACGAACAGGAAUUCUACGAUCGGCUUCUCCUUGCAAAUCCUUCACGGGGUUAUCGGUCCCCGCAAAUUGACGGUGUCGAGGAGCCAGAGGAGCCAGAGCCAACAGAUGCAAAUGAUCGGCUGACAUCUGCUCGCGCCACCCCAUUUAUGAACUCGUUGGUUGCGGAUGAAGCUCAUGAACAGGGUAGUGACAGCGAUGACGAGGAAGUUCCGAUGGACGAUGAUAUCAUGGAUGUCGCGGAGGAUGUGGACCCUCACGAGAGCAACUCCUCGGUUGAGAGCGCUAUGGACACAUGCAACAAAGAUUCUACUGAGGAUCCUUUCAUCGUCGAUCAUCCCACCGACGUGCCUGACCCCAUUGAGGUGGACGAUCCCAUUGUGGUGAACGAUUCAAGCGAUGAGGACGAUGAGAUUUUUGUCGUCACCCCAAACUUCCGAGGUUUCCAACAUUCAAGCUUAUCUGCCGCAGUUACCACCAGCACUCCAAUCAGAACUAAGAUUUCCCUCGACUCUCAUGAGACCUGGACUCCGGCAACUUACCAGGAACAGUUUGAUCCUCGCUUCCCGACACCAGCCCUCCCGCUUGAGCGUCGGUCACCCUCUCCAGUACAGGUUCCUGAGUCGCCCUCUCCGGCGUUGGUUACCCGAUCAUCUUCUCCCCAAGGGAAUCUCCCUGUCAAGCUUCCCAGUAUCCAAGACCUCGAUCGGAACCUUCAACGACAGUGGCGCUCCAGCGUCCCUCGUGUGCCACCCCACCCAGUCUUCUGCCCCAACUGCCAAUGUCAAUCUUGUAUUGUUCAGAAAGCUAUGUACAAGUAG